ACUAAGGGUGACUUUUCUUAAACGUUUAGUAACACCUUUUUAAACAUUAGUGCCAUAUGUCAUGUAACCAAUAUAGUUAUUAACCAGAGCUCACAAACUUUCUUUUUAUUGAUUAUAGCUACAGUGAUGGUUGAUGGAAAUUUGUCUAUGCAAAUAAGCUCGGAGGCGGGGCGGAGCCGGAGCCGCUGCGGUCCCAGAAGUCUCUGCGAAACGGCCAGCGCGCCCAGGAAACUCGUUCGUCCCGAGAAGAUGGCGGCGCCGGAUCCGGGGCGUUACGGCGAGUGUGGGCCGCGGCCGCCUGCUCGACUGAGUUCACGGGCCGGCCAGGAACCAGGGACCGUCCUCAGCGCGGUGGGCAUGAUGGACCUGGCCUAUGUAUGUGAAUGGGAGAAAUGGCCAAAGAUCACCUACUGCCCAUCGGUGCCCCUGGCCUGUGCCUGGUCCUGCCGCAACCUCAUUGCCUUUACUACAGAUCUCCGCAACGAUGACCAGGACCUGACUCGAAUGAUCCACAUCCUGGACACAGAGCACCCCUGGGAUGUGCACUCCAUCAACUCGGAGCACAGCGAGGCCAUCACCUGCCUCGAGUGGGAUCAGUCAGGCUCCCGGCUCCUGUCAGCUGAUGCUGAUGGGCAGAUCAAGUGCUGGAGCAUGGCAGACCAUCUGGCCAACAGCUGGGAGAGCUCAGUGGGCAGCUUGGUAGAGGGGGACCCCAUUGUGGCCCUGUCCUGGCUACACAAUGGUGUGAAGCUGGCACUGCAUGUGGAAAAGUCAGGUGCCUCCAGCUUCGGGGAGAAGUUCUCCCGAGUCAAGUUCUCGCCAUCACUCACACUGUUUGGUGGCAAGCCAAUGGAGGGCUGGAUUGCGGUUACAGUCAGUGGCCUGGUCACCGUGUCCCUCCUCAAGCCCAGUGGGCAGGUGCUGACAUCAACUGAGAGCCUGUGCCGGCUGCGUGGGCGUGUAGCCCUGGCUGACAUUGCAUUCACGGGUGGCGGUAACAUCGUGGUGGCCACCGCAGAUGGCAGCAGCAUGUCACCUGUGCAGUUCUACAAGGUGUGCGUGAGUGUGGUCAGUGAGAAGUGCAGGAUUGACACAGAGAUCCUGCCUUCACUCUUCAUGCGCUGCACCACCGACCUCAACCGCAAGGACAAGUUCCCCGCCAUCACCCACCUCAAGUUCCUGGCCCGUGACAUGUCAGAGCAGGUACUCCUGUGUGCAUCCAGCCAGACAAGCAGCAUUGUGGAGUGCUGGUCCUUGCGGAAGGAGGGACUCCCAGUGAACAACAUUUUCCACCAGAUCUCUCCUGUGGUUGGUGACAAACAGCCCAUGAUCCUCAAAUGGCGGAUACUGUCAGCCACCAACGAUCUGGACCGUGUGUCAGCUGUGGCGCUGCCCAAGCUGCCUAUCUCACUCACCAACACCGAUCUCAAGGUGGCCAGUGACACCCAGUUCUACCCUGGCCUCGGGUUGGCCCUGGCGUUCCAUGAUGGCAGUGUGCACAUUGCGCACCGGCUGUCGCUGCAGACCAUGGCAGUCUUCUAUAGUUCCUCAGCCCCACGCUCUGCAGAUGAGCCCGCUAUCAAGCGCCCUCGGACCACAGGCCCUGCCAUCCACUUUAAGGCCAUGCAGCUGUCCUGGACUUCUCUGGCCCUCGUGGGCAUUGACAACCACGGGAAGCUCAGCAUGCUGCGGAUCUCUCCCUCCCUGGGGCACCCGCUGGAGGCCAAGCUGGCACUGCAGCACCUGCUCUUCUUGCUCGAAUACUGCAUGGUGACUGGCUACGACUGGUGGGACAUCCUGCUGCAUGUGCAGCCUGGCAUGGUGCAGAGCCUGGUGGAGAAACUGCAUGAGGAGUACAUGCGACAGAAGCCCGCCCUGCAGCAGGUCCUCUCCACCCGCAUCCUGGCCAUGAAGGCCUCUCUGUGUAAGCUAUCACCCUGCACGGUGACCCGCGUGUGCGACUACCACACGAAGCUCUUCCUUAUGGCCAUCAGCUCCACACUCAAGUCCCUGCUGCGUCCCCACUUCCUCAACACUCCUGACAAGAGUCCUGGCGACCGGCUGGCCGAGAUCUGUGCCAAGAUCACAGAUGUAGACAUUGACAAGGUCAUGAUCAACCUCAAGACAGAGGAGUUUGUCCUGGACAUGAACACGCUCCAAGCGCUGCAACAGCUCCUACAGUGGGUGGGCGAUUUUGUGCUCUACCUACUUGCCAGCCUGCCUAACCAGGGCUCCCCAUUGCGGCCGGGUCACAGCUUCCUGCGGGAUGGCACCUCACUGGGCAUGCUGCGGGAGCUGAUGGUUGUCAUCCGUAUCUGGGGCCUACUGAAGCCCAGCUGCCUGCCGGUGUACACAGCCACCUCAGACACCCAGGACAGCAUGUCCCUGCUCUUCCGCCUGCUCACCAAACUGUGGAUCUGCUGCCGGGAUGAGGGCCCAGCCAGUGAGCCUGAUGAGGCUCUGGUGGAUGAGUGCUGCCUGCUGCCCAGCCAGCUGCUCGUUCCCAGCCUGGACUGGCUGCCUGCCAGCGACGGCCUGGUCAGCCGCCUGCAACCCAAACAGCCACUGCGCCUAUUCUUCGGCCGGGCACCCCCACUGCCUGGCAGCACCACCACCCUGCAGCUGGAUGGUCUGGCCAGGGCACCUGGCCAGCCUAAGAUAGACCACCUGCGGAGGCUGCACCUGGGUGCCUAUCCCACAGAGGAGUGCAAGGCCUGCACUAGGUGUGGCUGCGUCACCAUGCUCAAGUCACCCAACAAUACAACAGCUGUGAAACAGUGGGAACAGCGGUGGAUAAAGAACUGCCUAUGUGGGGGACUCUGGCGGAGGGUACCCCUCAGCUACUCGUGAGCCUGAAGUGCUGGCCAUGCUGUGACUAGAUUUACUGGGCUCCAUGGCACCAUCCCUUCAUUCUGAAAACAUUCCCACCCGUCCUCACGGCAGGGCAUUCAUGGCUAGUACCUCUGUCAUUGGACAGGACAGGAGAGAACUCAACAAGGGUUCUGACUGGGGUCAGCUCAGCCCAGCAGUGCCACAUCUUCCCUGGCUUAGGGUGCAGUCCACAUGCCACCCCAGCACCCUGGGUUGCCAGGGCUUGUCCACAGUGCCCUGGCAUGGAGGGCCUGGGUCAGCCGCAGGCAGCAUCCUUUAAAAACGUCGCUGGAGCAUCUGCAGGUGUCCAAGUGGAGUCUGUGUGAUAUUACUCAGGCUGCCUGCCUUGGUUUCCUGCCUGUAACCACGAAGGCAGUUAUGAACCUGGGGAGCCGGGUGGAAGGGUGGGGCCAGUAAACAGGCCAUGGCACUGUGCCCCAUGGGUGUGGCUGUGUGCUGUAUUUAUGUCAGUCAACAAUUAUGGAGCUGCUGAGUGUAUGCCAGGCGCAGGGUGCCUGCCAUGAGUGAAGUCUCUGUCCCUCUGCUUAUCUCUUCCCUCCUCUCUGCCUUGGCGUCUCUGUUGCUCCCUCCCUCACCCCACACAGCCAGUGGCCCUGGGCUUCUGGUGGCUCAGCUCAGCUCUGUGCCCUCAGGGGUUCCACUUUGCGCUGCUAACUCUGCUCUCAGCGAUUA